AUGAAUAAAAGACGUGAAGCGUUAAUCAAGGAUAAUGAGCCAAUUCAUCUUGUUGCAAACAAGUUUUUUGAUCAAGCGAUAACGACAACAAUGAUAAGUAAGUGCAUUCCAAUGGAGUGUACGAGUACUCCAGCUGUCGAUAUAUUAGCUUCAACAGCUAUAGAUCAUCCUGAACUACCUUCAAAUUUCAAAUUAGGCAUCGGUCAUACGAAGAAAUCUACAGCAGUACAAUGUGACAGACGCACAAACUCAACAAAAGAUAGAAGAAAAAGCAAAUUCAUUGAACUAUCAAAUCGCGAAGAAAAAUAUCAAGAUAUCGCAAAAAGUGGAAAUGAAAAAGGUAUUACGUUGCUGGAGAAAAUUAUUCGUACACAUCCCAUUUGGUAUUUGCAGCAUAUCGGGCGUUCCGCUGCUACACAUUUGCUUCGUCCAAUGAACGAAGGGGCUUUUAUCGUGCGGUCAUCAUCAAAACCUAAUGCAAUGGCAUUAAGUGUUCGUUCACCUCCUGGCUUAACAUCGGAUAUUGAUCAUUACCUCAUCGAAUCAGCAGGUGUGGAUAGAAGUGUACGUGUAGAAUCGUCACCUUACUACUUUAAAUCGCUUCCUUUAUUAAUUGAACAUUACUGUUUGAAUGGCGAAGAACUUCAGACGAAUCUUGUUUUACCGGUUGCAAUUACACGCUGUUGUACGAGCAUGCAGUUGCAGAGUCUGGCAUUGAUGGGUCAAGGUUAG